GUUGUCUCAACUGUUAUGCACGGGAUACGGUGAAUAGUAAAACUAUGCACGAUUUAUAUCAGGCCCCUGUGGAAAUGGCUGGUUAUCUCAAGGAUCAGGGAUUUAACGUUGUCGAAGUGUCGGAAUGUGAAAUAAAGCGAGAACUGGAACAAGAUGAAGACAUGAAGAGUUACUUCGACAAUUACGAACAGGUUGAUCCUUUGGAACCCCGCGCUGCCUUCUAUGGUGGUC